AUGCCAAACAACAAGCAGGUGGCUCAGCAGAGGGCGCAAUAUCUGCUAAAACGGUUUCAGAAGGAUCAGUUAUUCUUUGAAGAAUACAAAGAAUUCAUGCACAAUGUUAGUAUGGAGGGACAUUCAGAAAUCAUACCACAAGAACAGUUGAAGAAUGAGGAAGGAAAGAUCCCGGAGGAAAAUAGAGCCACAGGUGUAAAGAUGCUGGACCUUAGUCGGGAUCAGCUACCCACAGAAAGAGCUCUCGGUGUGCAAUGGGAUAUUGAACGUGAUGUUUUCACAUUCAGUAUUGUGAACAAGAACAAACCACUUACAAGACGUGGUAUUCUGUCCAAUAUCAGCUCCAUUUACGACCCUUUGGGUUUCUUAGCUCCAGUCAUUCUGCCUGCAAAACAAAUUCUGCAACAUCUAUGUAAACUGAGGUUUGGCUGGGAUGAGACAAUACCAGCAGAAAUGGCACAAACUUGGCAAAAAUGGGUUGAGGAUUUAGUUCUUCUUAACAAGUUUAGUAUUAGUAGAUGUGUCACACCCAAAGGAUUUGGGGAGAUAAAAAGUGCACAGCUGCAUCACUUUUGUGAUGCCAGUGAAAGUGGGUAUGGUGCUGUAUCAUAUCUUAGGCUAUCUAAUAGCAAGCAGGAAGUGUGUGUUUCCUUUAUUAUUGGUAAAGCAAGGGUGGCGCCGUUAAAACAAGUCACCAUCCCACGUCUUGAGCUGGCUGCUGCAGUUUUAGCUGUGCGCUUGGACAAAAUGCUAUCAGUUGAACUCAAUCUUAAUCUGAGUGAGUCAGUCUUUUGGUCUGACAGCACAACUGUGCUACAGUACAUUGCAAACACAACCACACGGUUCAAAACAUAUGUAGCUAAUAGAGUUUCCACCAUUCAUGCUUUGACAAAAGUUGAGCAGUGGAGGUACAUCAGUUCAAAGCUGAAUCCAGCUGAUGCAGCCUCUCGAGGAAUGACAGUUGGCUGUUUCCUGAAAUCUUCCACCUGGAUCAAUGGUCCAGAAUUUCUCAGUAAACCUGUUGUUCACUGGCCUCUGGACAAAAUUAAAAAGGUGUGUGGCAUGGAUCCUAAAAGUAAAAGAAAGACUUAA